GUGAAAGCAGUUACGUCCAUUCCACCGUUUGGAACUCUUGGAUUCAGAGACAAAUUCAAUUAAAAGUGUCGUAUUAAAAUCAUGCAAAACAUAAUCAACACCGUUAAAGGAACUGCACAGGGAUUCGCUGGACUUUUAACUCCAGUCCUAAAGGAAUCAAAAUUUAAAGAUACAGGAGUAGUUACACCAAAUGAAUUUGUAACUGCUGGUGACCAUUUAGUGCAUACAUGUCCAACUUGGGAAUGGGCUUGUGGUGAUGAAUGCAAGAUUAAAUCUUAUUUGCCAAAAGAUAAACAAUAUCUAAUUACAAGAAAUGUUCCCUGUUUACGCCGAUAUCAACAAAUUGAGAACAGCGAAAUUAUUGAAAAUAUUGUUGAAUCAGAAGAAGGUAACGAAGGGUGGAUUGAGACCCAUCAUUUGGAUUCUUAUUCCUAUUCGCCUUUGAAUGAAAACAAUUUUGAGACAUCACAUCAYGAAGGAAACUUUGAAGGACAAAACAAACAUCAUCAAGUUUCCAACAUUGUAACCCAUGAAAAUCAAAUUAUACAAACUUGUAAUUUCUACACUAAAAAUAGUAAUAUGAGUGAUAAUGAAGAUGAUGAUGACGACGAUGAAGGUGAAGCAAUAGAUAUGGAUGCGUUUGUAGAAAGUGGUUUGUUGGAAGAUGAUUCGGUAACUUUUUCUCCAUAAAUUAUAAUUAUUUUUUUUUUGAAUUUUCAAAUU